ACCUAUGUUUCGCCCUCGAAAAUACCAUGUCGAGCCUGAAAAAUCUGUUGAACCCAGAAGAUGACUCUAGAAGCUCGUAUCACUCACCAACCGGACAACCUAUUUCCACCAGCUCCUCCCCCACAUCAGACGGUAGCGCCAAUGCAACUGUAGAAUUUCCUCAAUACGUUUCUGAUUAUCCUCCAUACAAAGAACAUGCUCCUCAUCCCAAUUGUCCCGAUACUUUGGCUUGUCUUCCGGAUACAGAUGGACGACCACAGCACACUCUUCCAGUGAUCUUACGCUGUGCAAUCCUUGGUAGUUCACGGAGACGUCUCACAAUUCGCGAGAUAUAUGCUGCCAUGGAGGAGAAAUAUUUGUAUUUCAGGACUGCGGGGCCGACAUGGAAGCAAUCUGUCCGCCAUCACCUGUCUUUGAAUAGAUUAUUUGAAAAACAGCCUCGUCCUGUCACCGAUCCAGGCUUCGGUUCUUACUGGACAGUCAAUCUUUCUGCUCCCCCAGGUACCAAGCGGCCACGGAAGCGGGGAAGACCCACGAAGGCUACCGAGGAGUCGUCUAACUCCGCGCAGCAGAAGAAACGAGGACGACCCCGAAAAUCUGUUGAUAUGUCGUCCCCUCUGAACUUGGUGACUGCGGGUUCGGGACGUUCGAUGCCGCCAUGCAACAUAUCUGCCGUACGCACUGGGGGAAAUGACCACGAUGGGGGGAAUGGCGAGGAGGAUAUGGAUCUAGGUGCGGAUGGACACGACAUGAGUGAGGACGAGUAUGAGAGCGAGGAAGAUAUGGUCGUUCCCCCCCACCAUCAGUCAUCCCUUGCCGGACUUGGCGCCUUUGGGCUGAAUGAGGCUCCUUCUCGUUUGCUAAGCCCCUCGAAAUCCCAUGCACUGAUCACCCACUCUGACGAAAAUCUUGUAGACCGAUUGCAGAUUGAGAUGGCUGGAUUGCGGAGGCAGUCGGCAGAUGCGAUAUCUGUUUCUUUGAAGAUAUCGGAUCAGCUAGCGGAAGCUCAGGCUGAGGCAGCUAGAGCGAAGACUGCUCUUAGAACAGUUGAAGCAAUGCUAGAGGAGGAGGUCAUAAAGAGGAGGGGAGCUGAAUAUCUAGCAGAUCAGGAAGCUAAGUUGAGGCGAGCAGCAGAGGAUACGAUUGCACGCAUGCGAAGUCAGUGGCAGGCUGACCAUCAAGCCACAUAAGCACUCUAGGCUGACAGAUCGUCGGCGCAGACCCGAACUCGUCACCUGCUCACCCUGGAGCACUGGAGACGACUUCUCCAUCGACUAGUUGUGAAACUUUUCAGCCAUUCAUUACUGUGACACAUCAAAGGACUUAACAUAUUCUACGAAUUUCUACUUUCCCGAUUCAUUGGUUCACAUGAGUAUUCUAGGAUUUCCCUGUAUAUUGACGAAUAUCAUCGGAAUGGACGAGUAGUUCAAAAAGGAAAUCAGAAGAUACAAAAGCAAAUAGUCG